AUGAAUGCUGCUCGGACAAAGAAAUCUGCUCUCACAGUUCAGUUUCUGCUCCGAAGAAGGAUUUGGGCGAAGCUAUUCACCCCAGCCGACCCCAUCCUCAGCGAUUUCCUGCGAGAAAUAUGCGGCCCUGGACGAGAGAGAUCCCAAGCUCAGCAGGGCUCGAGAGAAUCGAUUGCCCCUGGCUCUUCAGGGGAAGCCGUAGCAGAAGCGGCCUUGGUCCACCGCGUCUCGUACGAUAUGGACAUGCCCCUAAGCUCAUGUCGAUCAAAGGGCGAUGGUGCUCCGCGAAAGAAGAACCUCGCACAGGCGCUUCUCGGAAGCAGCUGUUCUGAGGUCGGACAGGUCACGCAAGUGUUUGGCAAUGAAAAGACAACUAUCAGCGCCUGGGCAGGUACAAGCUCCCCGAGUGCCGUGCUCGAUGCCUGUACUUGCACGUCCUCAGCGGGCGCUCUGGCAGUCGCGUCUCCUGUUCUUCGUCUUCUCGUCUUCUUCGACCAGGAUCUCAACGACAAAUCGACCAAUGAGAGGGUCAUGUUGGCAGCCCAGACGGCGAUCUUCCCAUGUGAAAAUAUCAGUGGAGUGUUCCCGCAGACUCUCAAAAGCCUCGGCGAUGGAACACAGCCGCCUAGCUGGAGCAUCCAGUCACAUCCUCGAGCACCACACCCUCUCGCGUUUGAUAGCUUCGAUUCGAUAUACAAGCCGACAGGAUCAGUGCCAAGUUACUCGGAAUCCUUUCAAAGGUACCAAGCAUUGAUGCUGCAGAUUACCCGUCUCGAUGCCGCAAGGGGCACUCCGACACGGAGGACGGAGGACAGCGUCCCACUCUCCUGCCGGGCCGCCCGCGCCCAUUGGCCAGGCCGACCGUCGAAUACCUCUACAGAGCACGGCCGUGCCUCGCAGACCUGCUCCGUUUAUGAGCCGCAUGAAGCUUCGGUACCGACUUCACACCGGAUGAUCACCUAUCAUAUUCCUCUGCGUCUGCCACUGCAAGCGCGGACUCCACCGCAGCCUUUGCUACUCGUCACAUGGACUAAUGGAACUCGGGGUUCAAAGAGGAAUAACCUCAUCACCCAGCUCAGCGCUAGGCGUCAUAUUCCUCCAAACGAGGGUAUUGGUACUUGUGACCGUAACAGGCAGAGGCAUGAGGUCAAGUCACCAGGAAAGAGAUUUCACGUUCAGUCGAAGACCAUAUCAAGUGAGCAUCGUCCCACACGAGAGCUCCGUCGCUACUAUACCUGCUACAACCAAAUAUACCUGUACGAGGAGAAACUGCCGGCAUCGCAGCCACCGCGCUUCAGGUCGCUUGGGGUCGAUACUUGUGUCACGAUCGAUGGUCGGAUUCGGGCGAAAAUACAGCCCCCCACGACACGCCCGUUCGUAUAUGCUUCCGGCCGGCCAUUGCUCCAGGGUACGACCAUGAUGGACGACAGGGCAACCAAAAAGGGCAGCCAUAGUGCCAUGGGCAACGGCUGCGCGACUCGCAUGAGCAUCUGCUUUUGCGUGUACAAGGCAUUAGUAAGGGAAUUACAGGAAGACUGA